AUGUACGACUACGACGCGUACAGCGAGCCUGGGGAGGGCGACGCCUUCAAGGCCGGCACUUGGCCAUUUGGUCUGAGUGGCCAGCCCAGGGACAUCCCCGUCCCAAAAGGAGCUGUUUGCGCGCAGAUCAGCAAUAUCUUAGGUGACAACAAGAACGACGACAGCAAUGAAUUCACUGCUAGAAAAUAUCAGAAACAAGAUGAAGACGGCGAAGAAGAUUACGAUGAUGAUGAUGAAGAAGAACGUGGAGCUGAAGAGGAAAGGAUAUAUUCCUUCGGAGGACAAGCCGAUACACUCCCAGUAGCCCCCGGACUCUUCGUCGAUCGCGUGGGCUGCAUCGCACUCCCAUUAUGCGACGAACAGGCGGAAAAACUCAUUGCCAAGUGCGAUAAAUCCUUAUUCGGACGGAAAUUGGACACCAUGACGGACGAAAAUGUCCGCAAAAGUUGGCAACUCGCACCGGAUCAAGUGGCAAUCAAUAACCCAUUGUGGCACACGGGAAUAGAGAAGCUAAGUGAGACUGUUGCUAGUCGUCUGGGGUAUAAGGGCGUCCCCAUGCAGUGCAAACUGUACAAGAUGCUUGUGUACGGAGAAGGAGGCCACUUUGUGAAGCAUCAAGACACCGAGAAAGAGGACGGAAUGGUGGCAACGUUGGUGGUGCAGCUGCCUAACCAAGAAUCACUGGCGCAAAUGUGGGAAGAAUACGGCGAGAAUGAAACAGAAGGGUAUCUUGGAAACGAGGGAGCUUCGAGUAACACGACGUAUUCUCGCUAUGCGAUCGUCGCCUGGCCGGUGGCAAACGGUGUGGAGAAUACGUUGCAAUUCAUCAGCGCAACCGCUGCUAUUGAGGUUCUGCAACAUCAAAAAUCUGUUGCUCCUGACACUCUUCGCGUGUUUGUCAAUGCGGUGGGUGACAAACUGGUGGAAACCCAAGCAUCAUUCGACCGUUCGCGAACAUACUCCAACCCUGUUUUCACCAAGAUCUGCAGUAAUGUGAAGGAAAAGGCGAAUCUCGUGCCUGCCUACGUUGCGUUAGCACGAAAGUUUGACUGGAGUAGCAUUGGUCAGGCUCUGCUGAGCUCAUUGGGCAGUAAGACAGGAAACAGCAGCUACAGUUUUGAUGCUUUUGGAGGAACGAGUGAUUCCAGUAUGGUGCUAGCGCUGCAAAUAUUCGAUGGACUGGACGACGGGCUUGCUAAAGAAGCACUGCUAAAAGCAGCUGUGAGUGAUGCUGUGACGCUUAGGAACGAUUGCUUGUGCGCAUCGAAGGCUCUCGGAUCACUUUGGGUUUCCACGAUACGUAAUGGCAACAAGAGUGUUGUCGAUGUUUUGGCCAAGAGGCUCAAGCAAAUGGAUCCGUCAUUACUUGGUCCGGUUAUCGACGUAUUUUUGCAAGAGUUGAGUGACGUUAACUCAUCGGAUGACAUGUUUGCGGUAUUGGCAUCGAUUGCAACAAUGCGUAUUGAAUGGCUAAAGAGUCAAAUUCAAGCAAAGGAUAAACCUUUCAGUUGGGAAAUGCCACACGCAAUAUUUCCUGAUCCGCAGAUCCAGGUAUUUCUACGAGGUCCGGAGAUGUCCAAGACUACGGUUGGGGUCCGGACUUUCGGUGGUCUCCCGGCAGCUCGGAAGUUCGCUGAGAGGACCCCGCAGACUCACGCUUCCUUCUCGAUGGUUCCUGCCGGCAGAGGACAAGAAGCAUUCGCCACCAUCACGAAAACACGGACAUGGUUUAAUAAGCAGCAAAACGACGUGGUGACUCAUAAAUCGGAGCUUCAGUGCCUGAUAGACCGCUUUGGUCAAGCCACUGCUGAGGAGGGACCAGCCCCUAAACGUGCUCGGAUCGAGGUGUGGGAACAUCGCGGCUGA